CACGAUGAUGAAGGAAGGGCACGAAAAUGUUGCUUAUAUAAGUCCAGGAAGCUGCAAACAAAGUAUCAUUUUUCACCAUGAUCUCCAAGCUCGCCCUCCUCCUCCUCAGCGUCGCCGUCGCCAGCGGUAACCCCGCGGCGGGUAAGCCAUGGCACUGGAAGUCACCCAAGCCACUGGUCACUCCCAUUGGCCCCGUGAGGUCCCCUCGCAUCGUGGGCGGCCAUGAGGCGACGCCCCACUCGUGGCCCCACCAGGUGGCUCUCUUCAUUGACAGCAUGUACUUCUGCGGCGGCUCCCUCAUCUCCAACGAGUGGGUGCUGACUGCUGCUCACUGCAUGGACGGCGCUCGUUCUGUGGAAGUGGUGAUGGGCGCCCAUAACAUCCGACAGAAUGAACCAUCGCAGGUGACCAUGACCAGCACCAACUUCUUCACCCACGAGCAAUGGAACUCCUUCAACCUGAAGAAUGACCUCGCCCUUAUUAGGCUCCCAAAAGCUGUUUCCUUUAACGGCAACAUCCAGGCGGUGUCCCUCCCCGCUUCUGACGUGGCUGUGGGCACCAUCGUCACCCCCACUGGCUGGGGUAGGCCCUCUGACAGCUCCGGCGGGACUUCCAACGUACUGCGCGAAGUCGAUGUCCCCAUCAUGAGCAACGCAGACUGCAACGCGAUCUACGGCAUUGUGGGCGCCGGGCAAAUCUGUAUUGACAGCACCGGCGGAAAGGGCACAUGCAACGGUGACUCUGGCGGUCCUCUCAAUCACGCCGGCAAGACCUACGGCAUCACCUCCUUCGGGUCCUCUGCGGGCUGCGAGAAGGGCUACCCCGAUGCCUUCACUCGCGUUAACCACUACCUGGACUGGAUCAAGCAGCACACUGGUGUCACCCCCUGAGCAGCACGGGGCCCAUUUCAGCUAGGAGCGGCGGCCGGCGAGUCUUGGAGAUCUACUCACUGCCAGCGUAGGAGCUUCACCUCCUUCCUUGCUUCAACGCCAUGCUGCUGCACCUGUCUGUAGAUAGCAAUAAAUUCUACGGCAGUAUAAGACGUGUUGAUGA